AAACUAGGAAGCGAACAAGAUAAGAUAUCAUUGAGCAUGUAAAGAAAUAUGUGGUUGAAAGUUGAAACUUGAUAAGCGUCGUUAUAUCCAUGUCCGACUAGUCGGUAGGAAUUGAAAAGAAGGAGCUCCGAUGGCCGGAAAGAGACCUCAUGUGUUGGCCGUUCCAAUUCCGGCCCAAGGCCACGUGAAGCCGCUCAUGAGCCUCUGUCGCCAAAUAGCCAAACACGGCUUUAAAGUCACCUUUGUCAAUGCCCAUUCUAUCCAUAACAAAAUGCUUUCCGCAUCUCAAAAACGACAAGACGAAGAAGAUGAUUCCUGCCACAAUAUAGUGAUGGAAACUAUUCCCGACGGUUUCACUCCUGAAGACGAUCCAAACAACCUCUCUAUGCUGCUCGAAAAUCUCCGAAGGACAAUGCCACAAACCUUAACCGAUUUGAUUCAACGGAUCAACACCUCCAAUCCUUACGAGAAGGUUACUUGUUUCAUUGCUGACAUCGCAUUUUCAUGGAUUUUCGAUAUUGCAGACAAGAUGGGAGCCGAGCCUGUCGCCUUUUCCACACCUUCCGUCGCCAACUUGGCCUUCAUGCUUCACACUCCCAAACUCUUAGAGCAAGGAAUUCUUAAUAUAAAUGGAUCUCUCCAAAAUGGGGUUGUAGUUAGUCUCUCAAACGAUAUACCUGCUUGGAGGAAUGGUGAGUUUCUAUGGAGUUUCUCUAGAGACCCGGAAAUAGAAAAGGUGUUCUUCGAAUUUACAACCAAAGGAUUCAAAGACGCUAGUAAAGCAAAGUGGUUGCUUUGCAACUCUUGUCAUGAGCUCGAACCUGCAGCUACUGAGUUGGUCCCUAACGUCUUGCCAGUCGGGCCCUUAAAUUUACUCGACUCAAACAGUGUCAAAUCCACCAAUUUCUUCUCUGAAGAUUCAUCCUGUUUACGCUGGCUGGAUACCCAACCGGAUAGAUCUGUGGUGUAUGUUUCUUUCGGAAGCUCGGGAGUUUUCUCUCAGCAGCAGAUGGAUGAGUUGGCUUUCGGGCUCGAGCUAUCGGGCCGGGCUUUUCUAUGGGUCGUCCGGCCCGAUCUCGCCAAUGGGUCACCGAUCGUGUACCCUCCUGGAUUCGGGACUGGGCUCGGGAAGAUUGUGGAAUGGGCACCUCAAAAAAAAGUCCUUUCACAUCCGUCCAUUGGUUGUUUCGUGUCUCACUGUGGAUGGAACUCGACAACCGAAGGCGUCACCAAUGGGGUCCCUUUCCUAUGUUGGCCCUAUUUUGCUGACCAGUUCCAUAAUGAGAAGUACAUUUGUGAAAAGUGGGGGAUUGGAUUGAAAAUUGAUUUUGAUGAAGAGGGGAUUAGAUCAAGAUAUGAAAUCAAGAACAAAAUUGACAUGCUGUUUUUUGAUAAUAAGUUUAAGGAAAAUGCACUGAAGCUGAAGGAAAUGUGUGGUAAGAGUGUUGCCGAUGGUGGAACGUCUUUCAACAAUUUGAAGAAGUUUAUUGAUCAUCUUUAUAGGAGAUGAAUGGUAUGGUUUUUGACUUAUUCCAAUAAUUUGUGCGUUCACGGCUAUGUAAUGGUUUCUGUAUGUACUAGUAGUACUAUUUUUUAUGAAAUGAACUUAUCAGAGUACUAUAUAAGGGUACUGUUUAAUUUGAUAAAUGAAAUCGAUAAGCUUUUUAUGGUGUCU